AUGUUUUCUGGAAAUCUGGUUUUUAAGAAAUGUUCCGUGAUUUCUGUGCUGAAUUAUCGUAACAAGAACAGCAAAGCUAAACAAUAUGGGUUUAUUAACUCCUGCCUGAAGUCCCUCCUGGUAGAGAAAUUUGGUGAAGAAACAUGGGAAAAGCUCAAAGCCCAGGUUGGAAUUGAAGACACCUUUAUGACAUAUACGGUGUAUGAUGAUUCUUUGACUGUGAAGUUGGUCCAAGAAGCCUGCAACAUGCUAAAAAUGCCAGAGGAGGCAGUGCUGAAGCUUUUUGGGCAAUAUUUUUUUAAUUUCUGCAAAACAUCAGGAUAUGAUAAAAUGUUACGGACACUAGGAGGAAAUUUGAUGGAGUUUAUUGAGAAUCUGGAUUCCUUACACAGCUACCUUGCUUUGUCCUAUCAGAAAAUGAAUGCACCAUCAUUUCGAGUGGAAAGGAAAGAUGGGAUAAUGCUCCUCCACUAUUACUCAGACAGGAAAGGCUUGUGUCACAUUGUCCCAGGAAUUAUUGAAGCAGUAGCCAGAGAUUUCUUUGAUUGUGAAGUGUCCCUGGAGAUCCUUGAACAAAAUGUAGAAGAGGAGCGCACUGGGAAGAAGGAGCACGUGGUGUUUUUUAUUUUACAGACAAAUGGGACAGUGAAGCCCAACGUCGAGGAACAAGCAAUUUCUGUAUGUGAAGAUGGGUCUCAGAAAGACAAAGAGCAACGGGAUGCGGUUUUUCAAAAAGGAACGGAAAAAACUGCUGAGCGGGAGGUUUUCUGUGAGGUUUUGAGACUUGCGGUUAAUUCUAAGGCAGGAAACCUUCUACAUACCUUUGAGCCAUUGUUCCCUGAGAGGCUUUGGCUUGACGAGAGAACCUUCUGCCACGCAUUUCCUUUCCACCUCGUGUUUGAUGAAACACUGAAAAUCAAACAGGCCGGUGUAAAUAUUCAGAAAUUUGUACCUGGAUUGCAAAUAAAUGGAACCAGAUUAGAUGAGUAUUUUUCUAUUAUUCAUCCACAAGUCACCUUCACUAUUUCCUGCAUGAAAAAGUUUAUCAACAGCCAGUUUGUUCUCAAGAUAAGGAGAGAAAUUAUGUCCAAGUCAGUGAAGAAACGGCCUGCGCUGAAGCUCAGAGGACAAAUGAUCUGGAUGGACUGCAUUCACAGCAUGAUUUACUUGUGCUCACCAAAGCUCCGCAGUUUAGAUGAGUUAGAAGAACAAGAAAUGCACCUUUCUGACAUUGCCCAGCAUGACCCAACAAGAGACCUCAUCCUCUUCAACCAGCAGCGGCUGGCAGAGAUAGAACUAUCCAACCAACUAGAAAGAAAAAAGGAAGAGCUCAGGAUUCUCUCUAAGAACCUAGAGAUAGAAAAGAAGAAAUCGGAAACUUUACUCUAUGCCAUGUUACCAAAACAUGUGGCUAAUCAGCUGAAGGAAGGCAAAAAAGUCAAAGCAGGAGAUUUUAGCUGCUGCACAAUACUUUUCAGUGACGUAGUGACUUUCACAAACAUCUGUUCUGUCUGUGAACCUAUUCAGAUCGUGAACAUGCUUAAUUUAAUGUAUUCCAAGUUUGAUCGACUGACUAGCAUCCAUGGAGUUUAUAAAGUGGAAACCAUUGGUGAUGCCUACAUGGUUGUAGGAGGAGUUCCAGUCCCAGUUGCCAGUCAUGCGGAAAGGGUGGCUAAUUUUGCCCUUGGCAUGAGAAUUGCUGCAAGAGAAGUUAUGAACCCUAUUACCACUAGACCUAUACAGAUUAGAAUUGGGAUACACACCGGACCAGUGUUGGCUGGUGUAGUCGGGGAGAAAAUGCCCAGAUACUGUUUAUUUGGUGAUACUGUCAAUACAGCUUCCAGGAUGGAAAGCCAUGGAUUGCCAGACAAAAUCCAUAUCGGCUCCACAACAUUCAAAGCACUUCCUCCUCAAGUGUUUGAGAUAGCAGAAAGGGGAAACAUAAAGGUGAAAGGCAAAGGGAAAAUGUCAACCUAUUUCCUGAAACAAAAUCUCAAUGCUACUGAGGAUGAAAUAAUGGGACGGCUUGAAGAGACUUCUAGGAAUGUUCCUAGCAAUGAUAACCUAUCAGAAGCUGAAAGUUGUCAUGGAGAACAAUCACAAGAGGAAAAAGAAUCAUUGCUUUCAAAACAUCUUAGCAAUAACCACACUCCUUCAGCACUUUGCAUUCUCUUUUAG